AUGGAAUCGAAAUGCAGUGAGAGCGCAGACGGCGACGAAACGUUCUGGUACCAACCGCUCGCUAACCCCGGCUCAUCUAUCCGGCUCAUCGAGAUAGACCCGGACACUGCAAGCGACGGCACAGUCCAGCUCCAUUUGUUCGAAUCGACGUUCUUAGAAGAGUACACAUGUCUUUCGUACGUUUGGGGGCAAGAACACGAUGGAGGAGGCCCUUUCCGGAUCCUUGUCAACGGAAAGACCUUCAACGUACGCUGCAAUCUGAAUAACUUUCUCUGUGUUGCGAGGAGGAAAUAUGCCAAGCGUAGACUCUGGAUCGAUGCAAUUUGCAUCGAUCAAGCCAACACACCUGAAAGAAAUCACCAAGUGCAGCAAAUGGGCAACAUUUAUUCCAGAGCGAAAGAAGUAAUCGCGUGGCUCGGAAAUAAUUGCCUAGCAGCGGAAAUCAUACCUCGCAUCGAUAGUCGCGCUCGGCAUACUGCGAGGCAUUUACCUGCUGAUAUUUGGUUCUAUCUCUGGUUAUUUAUGAGCACAGUCCGCCCGGAUUGUUGGGGUCUGUGUGGAAAUCCAAGUGGCAAAAGGAACAAACGAUCAACAGCGUUGAAAGAAGCCGUCCGCGGGUACUGGGCACGCGCAUGGGUGACACAAGAGAUAGCAUUGGCAAAACGCGUGCGUCUCCUGGUACAUGAUACAGAAUUUGAUUUGACUGCCCUGGACUCCGCAAGAAUGCGGAAUUUCCGGCCGACUUUCAGAGCGCUCGGUGAAUUAUAUGCCACCAAUACUCGACACUACAAAAGCCAAGAUCAACAUCUUGUAGAGCUUCUCAACAACUAUGCAUGGAAAGAAUGCGCGAUCGAGCGAGAUCGUGUGUUUUCUCUUCUAUCGCUCUGUGUAGAAGGAGCAGAUAUAAAAGUCGAUUAU